GAGAGAACAAUAGUUGAACAUAGAUAUAUAUCCUUAGAGCAAGUAACACUUGGUUCUUCAAGAUAUAAAUAACUUAUCAUUCAUCCUACUCCAUUAGAAACCGCCUGCUCUUGUUUCAGAAAAAAUCCAAAAUUUCCAUUUCAGCUGUUCCAAUGAGUCUCUUUACUUCUUUCUAGCAAUUGAAUUCACGUGUGAAUAAAAUCAUACAUCUAUAAGUACGUUUUUCUUUGUUUGCAUUUUCAUUCUAUAUUUCUUCAAUUGUAUCAUCACCAUACAGUAACAAAUGGCUUAUAGAAAUAAUCGCCAUUUUAGCUGCAAUUUGCUUGAAUUCACCGAUCAAGAAGUAUGCGAAUCAGAUCAAUUUCAUAUGUACGUGUACAAAAUUAAAAAAUGCUCAAUACUUCGCAGUCAUGAGUGGGCCUCUUGCCCCUUUUCUCAUCGAGGGGAAAGAGCACGUCGACGUGACCUUAGAAAAUACAGUUACCUGCCAAUCCCAUGUCCUGGUUACAAAUUCGCAUCAUGUAUAAAAGGAGAUUAUUGUGAAUUGUCCCAUGGAAUUUUCGAGUGCUGGCUACACCCUGCGAAGUACAGGACUCAGUUGUGCAAUGCUGGCAGGUUGUGCGACAGACGAGUCUGUUUCUUCGCACACACAUUGAAUGAGCUUCGUCCUGAGACGAAGUACAAUUGGUGUUAUGUGUACCAGUACCCUUUAGACAUCCAACCAUAUCCGGACAUUUUAAUUGAAAAUGGAUCAAAUGGCAAUUGGAUGGUUAUUCCUUGCAAUCCUCAGCCGCCGCCACCACCACCUCAAGAUCAGUACUACGGUAUUACUGCUUCUCGACUUGGAAAUUCUUCAACUUCUCAGCAAACUCCUCAGAAAAAUACAUCAAAUCUUGAGUUGUUUGUUCCCGCUCCUCCUUUUCAAUCUCAACCAAGAAUCGAUCAAACGUUUCAAAAUGAUAGUGAUUUUUCGUUUUUUUCAACUAGCCCCGCAAAGUUAGCUGAUGAGCUGAAGAAUCUUGAGAUUGGGCGUAGUUCUCAAGUGAAUAAAAUGCAUGAUGAAAAGGGGAAAAGACCUAUGGAAUUUGAGUCAUAAGAUCAAGAGUUUCCAAACAUCAAUUGGGUUUCUGAUUUGUUGGUAGAUGAAUUUAAGGGUGCAAGAUUGUAAAUAUUUUUAAAUAUAAUGUAUGACUGA